AUGUCUAAGUCCCCACUACCUCAUAAUCCUAUAUCUGCUCUUCGUGACCCGAAUUGGAAAAAGUCUAUGGAUGAUGAAUAUGAUGCUCUCAUUAAUAAUAAGAUAUGGGAGUUGGUGCCCCGUCCACCUAAUGUUAAUGUAAUUCGGUCUAUGUGGAUUUUUUAUCAUAAAUACAAAUCUGAUGGUUCUUUUGAGAGGCAUAAAGCCCAUCUUGUAAGUGAAGGUAAAACUCAACAAGUUGGCGUGGAUUGUGGUGAAACGUUUAGUUCGGUGGUUAAACCAGAAACUAUUCGCAUAGUUCUCAGUUUGGCUCUUUCUAAAGCUUGUACUUCGGAUCAUUCUUUGUUCAUUUAUCAUCGAGGUAUUUCUAUGGAUUAUUUAUUGUUAUAUGUGGAUGAUAUAAUUUUGACUGCUUAUUCUGAUGAGCUUCAGAUCAUUGACCGAGCUGGCAUGUCAUCGUGUAAGCCAUCUCCUACUCCUGUUGAUACUAAACCAAAGAUCAGUGCUGCUACAAGCAUACCUUUUGAGGAUCCAUCUCUUUAUAGGAGUCUUGUAGUGGCUCUUCAGUACCUUACAUUCACAAGACCCGAGAUUACUUAUGUCGUGCAACAGGGAUGCUUAUUCAUGCAUGACCCAAGGGAGGAGCACAUGCACGCUCUCAAACGGAUUUUGCAUUACAUUCAAGGUACUAUGGAUCUUGGUCUUCAUCUAUAUCCAUCUUCUACAUCCACCAUUCUUUCUUAUACAGAUGCUGAUUGGGAUGGGUGCCUAGAUACACGACGUUCUACGUUUGGUUAUUGUGUUUUUCUAGGAGAUAACUUAAUGUCUUGGUCCGCCAAACAACAACCUACCUUAUCACGAUCUAGUGUAGAGGCGAAAUACUAA